UCUCUCCCUUCUUGCCUCCUGGUUUGGUACCUCCAACCCAGGUAGGCCUUUAGUUGCUUGAGUAUCCAUAGUUGAUUAGGAUGGCUUAAACUAGAACCCCUCUACCAUCAGAGCACAAAGAAAAACCAAGAAGCCAUUUUCCUCUUUUGGGGGUACAGGAAAACCCUUCUUGUCUUGUUAACUUUUUGUCACCCAGCAUAUUUUCCUGUACGCCCAAACCUAUUGAAUCAUGCAUACCAUUGCAAGCCUCUUGCUUUCUCUUGUUUGUAUCUCUGUUUCAUUAAAUGGCAUUAAUGCUGCACCUAUAGAGGACCCAGGGUCAUUGAUCUUGGAUUGUGGGUUGGAAGAAGGUGGUGCCAAGGAUGGUGAUGGAAGGCAAUGGAGCCCUGAUAAUAAGUUCCUGGUAGAAGGUACAAAUUCAUUCACAUCCAAAGCCUCCUACCAAGACCCUUCCGUUUUGUCUGAGGUUCCAUACAUGUCAGCUCGAGUUUUCACAUCCGAGGCAACAUACAAAUUCCCUGUUCAACCUGAUAAGCGCUAUUGGCUCAGGCUCCAUUUUUAUCCCUCUCUUUAUGGCAGUUUCAACCCCUCCGAUUCAUAUUUCUCCGUGACUGCAAAUGGGGUUACGCUCCUCAGCAAUUUCAGCGCCUCAAUCACUUGUGAGGCCCUCUCACAAGCUUACAUUGACAGAGAGUAUUCCCUUGCACCUUUGAAUUCAGAUAGUUUGACUCUUACCUUCAAGCCUUCUGACAAGUACAACGGGGCUUUUGCUUUUGUCAAUGGCAUUCAGUUGAUCCAAAUGCCCGAGUUGUUUGAUUCAGCUGCAUUGGUCGGGUACACUGAGCAAACCGUGGACGUCAAAAGUUUGAAUUUGCAAACCAUGUUCAGACUAAACGUUGGUGGACAGUAUAUAUCUCCAACACAAGACUCUGGCCUUACAAGGAUGUGGUACGAUGACACACCUUACCUUUAUGGUGCAGCCACUGGUGUCACCAACCAAGCUACCAAGGAUGUCAAAAUCAACUACCAGACCAUGCCACAGUACAUUGCUCCUUCUGAUGUCUACUCCACGUCAAGAUCAAUGGGUACCAAUAAGGAUGUAAACAUGGGCUACAAUCUCACGUGGAUUUUCCAAGUUGAUCCAAAUUCCAUGUACCUGGCGAGGUUGCAUUUCUGUGAUUACUAUUAUUCCAAAGUUAACGAGAUUGUUUUCAAUAUCUUCGUGAACAACCAAACAGCACAAGCUCAAGCUGAUGUGAAUGGGUGGACAGGAGGCAAAGGUGUGCCAACUUACAAGGACUAUGUUGUAUAUGUCCAAGAUGGGGAGGGAGAUGAGCAGCUCUGGCUUGCUCUUCAUCCAGCACCUGAUACAAAGCCAGAGUUUUAUGAUGCCAUACUCAAUGGGGUGGAGAUAUUCAAGCUCAAUGACACAGACUUGUCUGGCCCCAAUCCUCAGCCUUCGGACAUGCUCCUCAAGCAUGAAGAGGAAACGAGUUUCCAAAACCACAAAGCAUAUGAUAAGAAUGUCAUUAUUGGUGGAGCUGCUGGAGGUGCUGCAGGUUUUGCGUUAAUGGCUGCAAUAUGCGUUGCUGUCUACCACAAGAAGAAGAGACUUCCGGGGUCACACACGCACACAAGCUGGCUGCCCAUCUAUGGGAACUCAAGCUCAACUGGCAGCAAAUCCACCAUAUCUGGGAAGAGCUAUGGUAGUGCCAACCUAUCCGCCGGGGCUCAAGGUCUUUGCCGCUAUUUCUCCUUACAAGAGAUAAAGCAAGCAACCAAGAAUUUUGAUGAGUCCAACGUCAUUGGUGUUGGUGGAUUUGGAAAGGUUUACAAGGGUGUUAUUGAUAGUGGAAUGAAAGUGGCAAUUAAGAGGUCGAACCCACAAUCAGAACAAGGAGUUAAUGAAUUCCGGACUGAAAUUGAGAUGCUUUCCAAGCUGAGACACAAGCAUUUGGUGUCCUUGAUGGGAUUUUGCGAGGAAGAUGAUGAGAUGUGUCUGGUUUAUGACUACAUGGCUCUCGGCACCUUUAGGGAACAUCUAUACAAGGGCAACAAGCCUGUGUCUACUCUAUCAUGGAAGCAAAGGCUGGAGAUCUGCAUUGGAGCUGCAAGAGGGCUUCACUACCUUCACACAGGGGCUAAGUACACCAUCAUUCAUAGAGAUGUCAAAACAACAAACAUUCUCUUGGAUGAAAACUGGGCUGCCAAGGUUUCGGAUUUUGGGUUGUCAAAAACGGGUCCAGAUAUGAAAAAUGGUCAUGUUAGUACAGUGGUGAAGGGCAGUUUUGGCUACUUGGAUCCUGAAUACUUCAGGAGGCAACAGUUGACUGAGAAGUCUGAUGUCUACUCAUUUGGGGUUGUUCUGUUUGAAGCCCUCUGUGCCAGGCCUGUUCUAAAUCCUAGCCUUCCAAAGGAACACGUUAGUCUUGCGGAAUGGGCAUUGCUCUGCAAACAAAAAGGAACACUGGAGGAUAUUAUUGACCCCCAUAUCAAAGGACAGAUUCAUCCAGAAAGCUUGAAGAAGUUUGCAGACACAGCUGAAAAGUGCUUGUCUGAUCAUGGAGGUGAUCGUCCCUCCAUGAAUGAUCUGCUGUGGAAUCUUGAAUUUGCUCUCAACCUGCAAGAAAACCGUGAUGGUUCAACUCACUCUGCACGUGUUGACCAAAGUGAGUUUGAAGAAAUAAGCUUGGGAAAUACCGACAUGGCAAGCCAUUAUAAAAACCUGAGCCUUGGAAGUGAGUAUGAGCAUGAGCUUAGCCAGGAUUCCAUUGAGAAUUCGACUGCUGCUAUCUUCUCACAAUUUGUCAAUCAAAAUGGACGAUGA